GUACCCGGACGUGGUAGCCGGGCCGGCUUUCUUUUUCGCUUUGCCCCGCGGGUUCCGCCCGAGGCGCCGCGCCGUGCCGGCCGUGCGGAGCUCCGACAUGCGGCCCGAGCGCCCGGUGCUCGCGCUGCCGGUGUUGGCCGGGCUGUCCAUGCUGGCGGCCGCCGCCCUCCUCUUAUUGCUGAGCGCGUCCCGGGACCGUCCCGUAGACGGGAAAAAAUACGGCCUGGUGUUCGACGCCGGCUCCACGCACACGGCUCUCUACAUCUACCAGUGGCCCGCAGACAAGGAGAACGGCACGGGCAUCGUCUCCCAGGUGGAGUCCUGCAUUGUGAAUGGAUCUGGCAUUUCCAGCUAUGCAGAUAACCCCGCUGAGGCUGGAGCCAGCCUGAAGCCCUGCCUGGACAAGGCCAUGACGAUCAUCCCUGCAGAGCAGCAGCAGGAGACACCCACCUACCUUGGAGCCACAGCGGGGAUGCGGCUGCUGAGGGAGCAGAACAUCACAAAAGCUAAGCAGGUCUUUGAGGAGGUCGCCAAGGCCAUUUGUGAGUAUCCUGUGGACUUCCGUGGAGCUCAGAUCCUCUCUGGGAAUGAGGAGGGUGCCUUUGGCUGGAUCACCGUCAACUACCUGCUGGAGACACUCAUCAAGUACUCCUUCACAGGCAAAUGGACCCACCCACCAGUGGAGAAUGUUGUCGGAGCUCUGGACCUUGGUGGGGCUUCAACCCAGAUCACGUUUCUCCCUGGGACCACAACAGAUGACAAGAACACAAGUGCCCUCCUCAGACUGUAUGGGACCAACUAUUCAGUUUACACCCACAGCUACCUCUGCUACGGACAAAAGGAAGUCCUGAAGAGGCUCUUGGCAUCUUUACACCAGGACAGCCGGUACGCCCAGCAGAUAUCACACCCCUGCUACCCCAAGGGAUACCAGGAGAACGUCACUGUAGCAGAGCUCUACGACAGUCCCUGCGUCCCCAUUCCAAGCACGCUCAGCCCUGCACAGAUCCUCACAGUAACAGGGACGGGGAACCCGGCGGCGUGCCGCACCGCCAUCCUGAAGCUCUUCAACUUCACCUGUGGGGCCAACAGGACGUGUGGGUUCGACGGGGUCUAUCAGCCACCUGUGAGGGGACAGUUCUUUGCUUUUUCAGCAUUUUAUUACAACCUUCACUUCCUGAACCUGACUGAAGACCAGUCCCUGAGUUCCGUCAAUGACACUCUAUGGAAAUUCUGCUCCAGAAAUUGGAUGACGUUGCAGAAGGACUUUCCCACCAGGAGCAGGAUCCACCUCCGUGACUCCUGUGCAGCCAGCUCCUACGUCCUCACCCUCCUGGUGCAAGGCUACAAAUUCAACAACAAGACCUGGCUCAACAUCCACUUCCGAAAGCAGGUCUCAAAUGUGGACGUUGGCUGGACUCUGGGCUAUAUGCUCAAUCUCACCAACAUGAUUCCCUCGGAGAUGCCCCAGAGAGUUGCGUGGCUCCCAAAAAGCAAAUGGACAGCAGCCACAGUCAUACUGGCCGUCCUAUUCGUUCUCAUCUUCUGCCUGAUGGCGGCCGUAUGCUGCUGGAAGGACUCCUCUGGCUACGAGAGCCUCUAGCAGUGCUGGCUUCAGAGCCUGCUGCAGCCUCCUGGUGCUGCUGGUGCAAAACUAAUUGUGAGGAGCUGCCGCUGGGGGAAUCAACGCCGUGUCCUGGAGCUGCAGACUUGUAAUGUUGGGAACCUGGCCUGGUGAGCUAGGAGCAGCACAAGUUUUGUAAAAACCUCCCUGUAACUGG